AUGCUCAGCCUCGUCAAUCUGCAAAUCAAGAUUCGUCUGUUCAGGAAUGUCAAGUCUUAUGGCGCUGUCGGUGACGGAAUCACCGAUGAUACUGCCGCCAUUCAGAAAGCGAUUACAGAGGGAAGCAGAUGUGCCCCGUCGUCCUGCGAGAGCUCUACCAAUGAGCCUGCCAUUGUAUACUUUCCUGGCGGGACUUACUUGAUCUCGAGCAGUCUCAUCGACUAUUACUACACUCAGAUCAUCGGAAACCCAAAUUGUCUUCCUACGAUCAAGGCUGCAGCCAAUUUUUCUUCCACAGGCGGUCUAGGAUUAAUCGAUGGCUCUCCAUACCUAGGCACUGGAACCCGACCUGGUCGAACUGGCUUUGGACCUACAAACACAUUCUUCCGCCAGAUUCGCAACCUUAUCCUUGACAUGACACACCUCCCAGCUAACUUUUCAGCUACUGGAAUUCACUGGCCAACUGCACAAACUACAAGCAUCCAGAAUGUAGUGUUUAACAUGAACGCCGACAACGGAACACUGCACCAGGGACUCUUCGUUGAGGAAGGAUCUGGCGGUUUUAUGACUGACCUUGUUUUCAACGGAGGAAACAAAGGGUUCAGCGUCGGCAACCAACAGUUCACUACUCGAAACCUCACGUUCAACAAUGUCAACACUGCCAUUGAGCAGCUCUGGGAUUGGGGAUGGACGUACAAGUCUGUCUCUAUUAACAACUGCCGGGUUGGACUGAACAUGUCUGCCGGUGGCCCUGCCGCGGUUAACGUGGGAUCUAUUACCUUCUUUGACAGUGAGAUCAACAAUACCCCGAUUGGUAUCGUUACCUCUAGGACUGCCAACUCUGAGCCUGCUGGUGCCGCAGCCUUGUACUUGGAGAAUGUCAAACUCGAUAAUGUCGGUACUGCUGUACUUGGUCCAAAUGGAACCUAUCUGGCAGGAUCUCCUGGUACUUCGGUCAUUGACGCUUGGGCUGACGGACAUCGAUACCUUCCGAACGGUCCGGUCGAAGCACGAGGCGCUAUCGCUUCCACUAAGCGACCAGCAGAGUUGUUGGACGCGGAAGGCAAAUACUACGAGCGCUCGAAGCCUCAGUAUGGCGAGGUUCCUCUAUCACAAUUUCUUAGCGCUCGUAGCCUUGGCGUUACUGGAGAUGGCCGAACCGACGACACUGAUGCCCUCAACGCUGCAAUCCUGAAAGCCAAGGCUGAAGGCAAGAUUCUUUUCCUUGACGCCGGUUUCUAUCUAGUCACCUCGACGAUCUACGUCCCACCAGGUUCCACUAUCGUCGGAGAAGCCCUCGCUUCUGUCAUCCUUUCCUCCGGUCCCUUCUUCAAUGACAUGUCCCUUCCUAAGCCAGUCGUGCAAAUCGCUCAGCCAGGAGAACAAGGUCGAGUCGAACUUUCUGACCUCUUUGUCAGCACAAAAGGCCAACAAGCCGGCGCUGUUCUGAUUGAAUACAACCUUUACUCUCCUACUGGCGAACCUGCCGGCCUUUGGGAUGUGCACACUCGUAUCGGAGGAUUCGCAGGAUCAGACCUGCAAACCGAGCAGUGCGAAAAGACACCCGAUCUCGUCACCACUUCCGAGAAUUUGGUCGAAGAAUGCAUUGCAGCUUACAUGUCGAUGCACGUCACCAAGUACAGUUCAGGGCUGUAUAUGGAGAACAACUGGCUCUGGACUGCUGACCACGAUCUCGAUGAUGCGCGUAACAACAACACCCAGAUCACUAUCUAUGCUGGCCGCGGUCUGCUGAUUGAGAGUCUUCAGGGAACUUUAUGGUUAUACGGCACAGCAGUCGAGCACCACGUUCUCUAUGAGUACCAGUUCGUCGACACACGAAACGUAUUCAUGGGUCAGAUUCAAACCGAAACUGCCUACUAUCAGCCCAACCCUGAUGCUCUCAUUCCCUUCCCAACCGUUCCAGCCUUGUCCGACCCAGUCUUCACGGCUACACCUUCGAAUGGAACAAACUCAACAUCGCCAAACACAGCUUCAGGCUGGGGUCUGCGUAUUCUCCGCAGCAACAACAUCCUCGGAUACGGGGUGGGACUAUACUCUUUCUUCGACAACUACUCGACAGAGUGCUCGCAGGUUGGCGCAGGUGCGGUGUGCCAGUCGCGCAUCCUGUCGAUCGAAGGGGAUCGCAACACGUAUGACAUCAGUCUCUACAAUGUAAAUACUGUGGGUAGCACAGAAAUGAUCACGCGCGACGGGGUAGACUUGGCGAGCAAUGUGGACAACAACAGCACUUUCGUGGACACCAUUAACGUAUUCAAGAUUGAUAGUUUUGGACUCAAGUUGUCCGUGGACGUUGGGGUAUCGUUAGGCGACGUCUUGAGCAAGUAG